AUGCAGACCAAGCGAGAGCUGAAGCCGUCAUCGUCAGCGGACUUCGAGCUCCCGCCAACUCCACCAGAAUCACAUCCUGGCAGCGACAACGAAAGAGCAGACGAUGCCUCUUCAUCAGACACCUUCGAGACUGACCUUCCAUUACCACCUCCUUCUGCAGAACCGACAGAAGUGCUCGAAGCCGACAAAAAGACUCCCGAUAGCUGGCUAGCCCGCGAUCCCAGGCUAAUACGACUGACUGGUGUGCAUCCUUUCAACGUGGAGGCACCGCUCUCCAACCUCUACGAUGAAGGUUUCCUUACGAGUCCGGAACUUUUCUACGUUCGCAACCAUGGACAUGUACCUCAAGUGAGAGACGAAGAGAUACCCGACUGGACCUUCACGGUUGAAGGACUUGUUGAGAAUCCCAUCACCAUCAGUCUCACCGAGCUACUAGAACAAUAUGAGCAGCACACUUACCCGGUCACACUGGUAUGUGCUGGCAACCGGCGAAAAGAGCAGAACGUCGUCAAGAAGACCAAGGGCUUCUCUUGGGGUGCGGCUGGUGUUUCGACAGCACUCUUCACAGGCGUCAUCCUAGGUGAUGUUAUCCGACGAGCAAAACCAAAGAGAGGCGCCAAGUACGUAUGUAUGGAGGGCGCCGAUAAGCUUCCAAACGGAUUCUACGGUACUUCAGUCAAGCUGAACUGGGCACUUGAUGCCAACAAGGGAAUGAUGCUUGCUCACAAGAUGAACGGAGAGAUGCUGAGGCCGGACCAUGGCAAGCCUCUUCGAGUUGUCAUUCCAGGCCAGAUUGGUGGACGAAGUGUCAAGUGGUUGAAGAAGCUGAUCAUCACCGAGGCACCAAGCGACAACUGGUAUCAUAUUUACGAUAACCGAGUCUUGCCUACCAUGGUGUCGCCUGAGGAGUCUGCGAGCAACACAAAAUGGUGGAUGGACGAACGUUACGCCAUCUAUGAUCUCAGCACCAACUCAGCCACAGCCUACCCAGCUCACGAUGAACGACUAGAUCUUGACAAGGCACCUCAAUCAUACCGAGUCAAAGGAUACGCUUAUGGCGGUGGUGGACGUCGUGUGACUAGAGUGGAACUAUCGCUCGAUCAAGGCAAAUCAUGGCGACUCGCAAACAUCGAUUAUGCCGAAGACAGAUAUCGAGAAGCAUUACCUCAAAAAUUAUACGGAGGCUCUCUGGACUUUGACUGGCGGGAAGCGAGCUUCUGCUGGUGCUUUUGGAAUCUUGAUAUUGACGUUGGCGAGAUAGCGGCGUCCAACGAUAUCAUUGUUCGGGCCAUGGAUGAGAGCAUGAAUCUGCAGCCGCGCGACAUGUACUGGAGUGUUUUGGGAAUGAUGAACAACCCUUGGUACCGCGUCUGCAUCGUGAAGGAAGGCGAUCAGCUCCGAUUUGAGCACCCCACACAACCAGCUCUGAUGCCGGGUGGAUGGAUGGAACGUGUGAAGAAUGCCGGAGGAGAUCUUACGAAUGGUAGAUGGGGCGAGGUCGCCAACGGCGAAGAGAUAUCCAAGGAUGCUAUCGUCAAAAAGGAAGAGAUCAAAAUGAUUCAAGACAAUUUGAACAAGAACAUCACCAUUGAUGACCUGCGGAAACACGACAACGAGACAGACCCGUGGUUUGUCGUCAACGGCGAGGUCUACGAUGGCACCGCGUUCUUGAACGAGCACCCAGGAGGAGCUACGAGCAUCGUUUCCGCCGCUGGAUUGGACUCCACCGAUGAAUUCAUGGCCAUUCACAGCGACACCGCGAAAGCAAUGAUGCCCUCAUACCACAUUGGUUCUCUCGACGAAGAAGCCCGAAAGGCGUUGUCUGGCGAGGAAACGCAAAUAGAAAGCGACGUCAAGUCAGCGACAUUUCUCGCUCCUCGUUCCUGGAAGAAAGCAAUUCUGCACUCCAAGACCGAAUUAUCCUGGGACACGAAGAUCUUCACCUUCAAACUAGAGCACGAGGACCAAACCCUUGGCCUACCGACAGGCCAGCACUUAAUGAUGCGCCUUCGCGACCCCGUCACGCGAGAAGCCAUCAUCCGCAGCUACACCCCCAUUUCCGAAAUCUCCAAGAAAGGCUACGUGGACGUCCUAGUGAAGCUCUACCUUGACACCAAAGGGCGACCAGGCGGCACCAUGUCCAAAGCCCUUGAACAAAUUCCCAUCGGCCACUUCGUCGACUUCAAAGGCCCAAUUGGCAAAUUUGAGUACAUCGGCAAGGGAAUCUGCACGGUCAAUGGAGCGACGCGGAAUGUCAGCACGCUAUAUAUGAUUUGUGGCGGCAGUGGCGUCACGCCCAUCUACCAAGUUCUGCGAGCUGUGGUGCAGGAUCGCGAGGAUCCGACGAAAUGCACGGAGGAGUGGACGGGACUGAGGGGACGAAUUGCGGCACCGCUGCUGGCAGAGCAUAUGGCAAGGGAACCGCAUAAGGAUGGCGAAGCUAUGGUGUUGAUCUGUGGGCCGGAGGCGCUGGAGAAGAGCUGUCAUACGGCGUUGUUGGAGCUGGGAUGGAAAGAUGAGGAACUGCUGUUCUUUUGA